AAAGAUAUCUUCCUUGCCCUUCGCCCUUCGGAACACUGAAAGAUCCACAGACCACAGAGAUCAAGGUUUGACGAGCUUCACUCAGUUUCGUCCACAGACCUCUGCCAUCACAUCUCCUUCCCAACCCGACAGGCAGGUAGUUUUGCAUUCAUUCAUUGAAUUAUUCAAGAAAGCUAGCGAUAGCCACGAUGAUAAUUUUAGAGCAAGGCCGUUAUCUGCUUUAUGCGGCCAUGUCUUGUCCAUUUGCUCAUCGGGUCCGCAUGGUCCGGUUGCUACAAGCCGAUCAACUGGAAGAUGUGAUCGAUCUAAAUUUCGUCACGGGACAAUCGGCAGAGGAAGGAUUUCACUUUUCAGGAGUUCCAGAACCACUCUUUCAGGCCCCGUCGCUCAAGCAGGUUUACCACCAGGCCAAUCCCGACUAUGUGGGACGAUUUACCGUGCCUUUGUUAGUCGAUCGCACCACCCGGAAAAUGGUAGACAACGAAUCAAUGGACUUGGCCAUUUCUCUCAUCAAAACCACACAAGACGACAAAUCAGCGCUGGAUCUUUUGCCAGAGGGAGCAGAGGCAUUGGCACGAGACCUGAGUGACAAGGUAACCACGGCAGUUUACAAGUACUUGUUCAACCCAGAUCCAACGGCAAAGCAAGAGGUCAAGAAGGACUUGUGGGCGCAAUUCGACCACUACGAAGAUCUCUUGGGAAAGCAAGAUCACUUGAUGGGAUCCACUCUGUCUCUUCCCGAUUUGGUAUUAUGGGCCACAUUGAUUCGAUACGACAAUGUUUAUGCUCGCCAGUUUGGUAUCGAGGGCAAGUCGCUCCACAAGGAUUAUCCCAAUUUGAAACGAUUUGCCCGAAGAAUCUGGAACAUGCCGUCCAAGUCGAAGAGUGGUAUCACUUUGGGAGAGGACGCGAACCUACCAGAAAUCAUUCGCACAUAUUGGCAAUCGGGAAAUCUAGCACCAAAAGCAGGCAAUGAUCCAACGUCACCACCCCCAGAAACCUUGCCAGUCCUCUGAUGUCAAUCCUUCCAGUCAAGCAGCCAGGUAUCUGGUGUAGGUGUUGGGUUUUGAGUAAUGGUCACAGUUAACCAAAAGAGCAGAUAUCAUACAUGCACAAGUUCUUUAUGGCGGACCUGGCACCAAAGAGUUGGGAACAAACUGGCUGGUGCGUCUAAAGGUGCCUUUCAGACAGUCACUGCAGAAGACUUUACCUGGUAUGCACUCUAGCUAGACAAUAGACACAUCGACGUCUACUAGAAUGUAGCUAGUGUCGACUCCUCAUUCCAAGAUAUAUAUUGUCCGAGGAAUCGAAUCCGAUUGUAGACUCCUUAGGUUGGCUC